GAAAUGUGGAUAUUUAUAUUGUUAAUUAUUUAACAUGGGACCACGAUGUUGCAAGGUCCGCUCCUGAACGCUUGUACUCGCCACUACGAGACACAGUAAAAGCUAAGGUGGGGAGUUUAUAGUCAUCGCCGUUUCUCACACUAACCAACGCCCUAUGAAUGACGUCAGGUACAUAUAGUGUGCAUACGAUCGUCGUAGCGUGUAUACCGCGUCCUUUGAGGAAAUCGACAAGUCCUCGUUCGUGACGCGUUAAAAUGUCGAUCGAUAAAAAAAUCGUAAGCUUAAUUUGUACAGUGUUACUAUUCGCGACGAUAGGAUGCGAAGCUAUUCGGUGUUACCAAUGCAGCAGUGAUACUGAUCCGGAAGGCGAAGAUCUUUGUGGGGCUUAUGGAAAAUUUGAUAAAGAGAGGAACAUUCCUGUAGAAUGCAGUACCGACGAAUCUCACACGAUUGGUACAUUUUGCGUCAAGUUGACGCAGCAAAGUCCUCGUGGCUUCAUAUGGAACGGUAGAUGGCGGCAAGUGAUACGAAGGUGUGCAUCUGUUUCCAGUACCGGAGUUACAGGUGUCUGUAAUUGGGGGGUCUACGAGAAUGGAGUCUAUUGGCAAGAAUGUUCUUGCUCCGAAGAUUCUUGUAACGGGGCAUCUUCAAUUUCUUCGCUUUCUACGAUAAUCUUUGUUACCUUAAGCGUUCUUCUUUCGAUCCUAUUUACAAGAUAAAUUAGAGCACCACGCGUCUACUGAAAGAUAAAUAUUUAAUCUCGUUAGCAACGAAAAUCCGUCCACAAUUGUAAUACUAUUUACAAAGUAUUGAAAUAUUUUAGAUUGAUAAGGUUACUCGUUAGAGAAUUUUAGUCCUGAACGAGGCAAAUUUGUUAAAACGAAAACUCAUUGAUAUAUACAUACAUAUAUUAUUUUUAUAUAUAUAUAUCUUUCAUUUUUAUAUUUUUAUAUAAAGAAUUUAGAAAAAAAAGGAAGAAGAUGGAAAUAAAAUAGAUUUGAAAUCUACGUCUUCUUCGUUAGUUUGUACAUAAGAUUAAAUUUCGUUAAUGACAAUUUCGUAGAGAUAUAUAUAUAUAUAUAUAUAAAGCGUUUCGCAAUUAAUUUUUCUUAAAAUAAAUUCUUUCGUGUCCUUAUAUUAAUGUCAUUUAAGUUUAAUAAUACUAAUAAUAGACAAUCGAAGAUCAUAUUCUAUUUAGGGAAUUGAUUCAAUCGACAAACGAUCCAGCUAGAUGAUUGUCCUUGAUAAUUAGUAUCAAGAGACAAAAGCACGUAAUUAGUACAAAACGGAUUAGUAGCUACGAUCGGCCUAAGAUCGAUGGACGAAAAUUCGAUUCGCUGAUCGCGCUAGUAAACACGUAGUUACGCCAAAAUAUCAACAAUAUUUAUGUCAUCCGUGGCAGCUGUUGCAAUUAAUUUUCCGUAAAAAGUAGCAAUCGAGAGAAAUAAAUAUUAGUCAAUAUCUCUCGAAAGACUUGUCUCGUGCCUGUACAUACAAUAUACUGCCUGCAUACAAUAUGCGUUUACGCAUACAUAAAUAAAUAUACGUAUAUCAUAAAAAUGAUCUUUGUUCAUAGAGUAAAUUUAUGUCAGAUAUUAAAUCGUCAUUUUGUUGGAACUAAUAAAUAAAAAAUAUUUAUACCA